GAAAGAAAAGAAUCAACCCUACAAACACCUUGAUUUCAGGCUUCCCACCUCUAAAAAGGAGACGAGAAAUGACUAUUGUUUAAACCACCAAGUUGGUGUUACUUUGUUAUUAUAGCCCCAGCUGAUACUCCAGCCUCUGUGAGGAGCUGAGUGAGGGAGCAAGACUCAGACAGGGAUGCUGCAAGGCUCAGGGUGGACAGAGUCACGUGGGGCUCAAAUUCCACAUCCUCCUCUUGAGCAAGAGAGAAGUUACAGAUGAUGAACUUGGGGCCUCUGUCAGCCAGUCUCCCCACCUGUAACAUGGCUUAAGCAUCUCUCACAGGGCCGUGGAAAGAACUAAACAAAACACACGUGACGCACCGAGAACAGUCCUCGGCUGUGGAAGGCAGGAUAAUGACCCCAAAGAGGGCCUCAUCCUAAUCCUUGCAACCUGUGAGUAUUUUACUUUACAAGGCAAAAAGGAUUGGGCUGGUGUGAUUAAGGUGAGGAGAGAAGCCUGUGUUAUCCAGGUGGGCCCCAUGGAACCACCAGGAUGACUAUAAGAAGGAUGCUGGCGGGUCAGAGGUAGAGAAGGUGGUGUGAUGGCACAAGCGCAGGCCGGGAUGCUGUGAAGUCAUGGACCAAGGACUGCAGGCAACCUCUGAAAAAGGCAAAGAACCCUGAAGGAAUGCAGCUCUGCGAGCCCAUUUUGGACCUCUGACCCCCAGAACCAUUCUGGUCCGGACUGCUGAUUGCGCUGGGCUCCCUCUGCCCUAGAAGUUCCCCCUGUGGCAUUUCAACACACGUAGAAAUAGGACAUAGAGCCCUGGAGUUUCUCCACCUUCAGCAUGGGCAUAUUAACUACAAAGAGCUGUUACUUGAACACCAGGAUGCAUAUCAGGCUGGAACUGUAUUUCCUGAUUCGUUUUACCCCAGCAUCUGUGAAAGAGGACAAUUCCAUGACGUGUCUGAGAGGACUCACUGGACCCCAUUUCUUAAUGCAAGCGUGCAUUACAUCCGGGAGAACUAUCCCCUCCCCUGGGAUAAGGACACAGAGAAGUUGGUAGCUUUCUUGUUUGGCAUUGCCUCUCACAUGGUGGCAGAUAUCAGCUGGCACGGGCUGGGUAUUGAACAAGGAUUCCUUAGGACAAUGGCAGCUGUUGAUUUUCACGGCUCCUAUUCGGAGGCGCACUCUACUGGUGAUUUCGGAGGAGAUGUAUUGAGCCAGUUUGAAUUUAAUUUUAAUUACCUCGCACGGCACUGGUAUGUGCCUGUUGAAGAUCUACUGGAAAUUUACAAGAAACUCUAUGGCCAAUCAGUCAUCACCAAAAAUGCCAUUGUUGACUGCUCAUACCUUCAGUUCUUGGAAAUGUAUGGUGAGAUGCUAGCUAUUUCCAAGCUUUAUCCCACUUUUUCUUUGAAGUCCCCGUUUCUGGUGGAACAAUUUCAAGAAUACUUUCUAGGAGGACUGGAUGAUAUGGCGUUUUGGUCCACGAAUAUUUACCAUCUAACCAGUUUUAUGUUAGAGAAUGGCACCAGUGACUGCAUCCUACCUGAGAACCCUCUGUUCAUCGCAUGUGGCGGCCAACAAAACAACACACAGGGCAGCUCGCAAGUACAGAAAAAUGAUUUUCAUAGAAAUGUGACUGGAGCCCUGACUAAAGAUAUUGAAAAACAUAUAAACUAUACCAAAAGAGGAGUGUUCUUUAGUGUGGAUUCCUGGACCUCGGAUUCCUUAUCCUUCAUGUACCAGAGUUUGGAAAGGAGCAUUCGGGAAAUGUUUAUCAGCAGCUCUCAGCCAGUGAAGCAAGUUUCUAGCCCUGCAGCAUCUUACUACUUGUCAUUUCCUUACACAAGGCUUGGUUGGGCAAUGACCUCAGCUGACCUCAACCAGGAUGGACAUGGAGACCUGGUGGUGGGCGCCCCAGGCUAUAGUCACCCAGGCCACAUCCAGGUGGGGCGAGUGUACCUCAUCUACGGCAAUGAUCUGGGCUUGCCCCCUGUUGAUCUAGACCUGGACAAGGAGGCCCACAGGAUCCUGGAGGGUUUCCAGCCCUCAGGUCGGUUUGGCUCAGCCGUGGCCGUGCUGGACUUUAACAAGGAUGGUGUGCCUGACCUGGCAGUGGGAGCCCCCUCGGUGGGCUCCGAGAAACUGACAUACACAGGUGCUGUGUACGUCUACUUUGGUUCUAAAUACAGAGGAAUAGCUUCUUCCCCCAAUAUCACCAUCUCUUGCCAGGACACCUACUGUAACUUGGGCUGGACACUCCUGGCAGCAGAUAUGGAUGGAGAUAGGGAGCCCGACCUGGUGAUCGGCUCCCCUUUUGCACCUGGUGGAGGGAAGCAGAGGGGAAUUGUGGCUGCGUUUUAUUCUGACGCCAGCCACAGCAACAAAGAAAAGCUGAACGUGGAGGCGGCCAACUGGGUGGUGAGAGGCCAGGAGGACUUCGCCUGGUUAGGAUACUCUCUACACGGUGUCAAUGUGAACAACGGGACCUUGCUGUUGGUUGGGAGCCCAACCUGGAAGAAUGCCAGUAGUUUGGCCCAUUUGUUCCGAACUCGGGAUGAGAAACAGAGCCUGGGACGGGUGUAUGGCUAUUUCCCGCCAAACUGCCAAAGUUGGUUUACCAUGUCUGGAGACAAGGCAAUGGGGAAACUAGGGACCUCCCUGUCAAGUGGCCACGUGAUGGUGAAUGGGACCCGGACGCAAGUGCUGCUGGUUGGGGCUCCAACUCGAGAUGACGUGUCUAAGGUGGCAUUCCUGACCAUGACCUUGCACCAGGGUGGAAGCACUUGGAUGUAUGAACUGAAGCCUGACUCGCAGCCUUCUCUGCUCAGCACCUUUAGUGGAGACCGCCGCUUCUCCCGAUUUGGUGGAGUUCUGCACUUGAGUGACCUGGACAAUGAUGGCUUAGAUGAAGUCGUCAUUACAGCCUCAUUGAGGAUCACAGAUGUCACCUCUGGACUGAUGGGGGGAGAAGACGGCCGUGUUUACGUAUAUAAUGGCAGACAGAUCACCUUGGGAGACGUGACAGGCAAAUGCAAAUCAUGGAUAACUCCAUGUCCAGAAGAAAAGGCCCAAUAUGUACUGAUUUCUCCUGAAGCAGGCUCCAGGUUUGGGAGCGCUGUGGUCACUGUGAGGUCAAAGACAAAGAACCAAAUUGUUGUUGCUGCUGGAAGGAGUUCUCUGGGAGCCCGACUCUCUGGGGCGCUUCACAUCUACAGCCUCGGCCAAGAUUAAAGAUGUCGUUCUACCUUCCUAGCCUGCCCCUCUCUCUCACGCCGAGUCAUCUCCAGGGUGAGCGUUCUGGUGGACAAAGUGGCACAUCCAGUGGACCCUGGUCGAUGCUACUGGAGGUGGGGCCCCUGUGAGUGGAGACACACACACUAACAGCCUGACCAUCUGGAAAGAGGAUACAGACAAGGGUGACAUCAUCAAAGUAUGUGAAAGAGUGGAUGCUCCGGUUAUGCAUGUCCCCUUCCAAAGUUUACUUUCUGGCUUCCUUUGCCUCUAAGCUUACUCCUCACUUGUUUCCUGUACUCAGAUCUGCUGUACGACCUAUUUCCUCUUCCAAAGGAGCCACCUAUGUCUUUCUGAUGCCUGGAAAGGCCCCUCUCUGAUGAUCUUGUAGAAAAACCGCUGUUAACAAUUUCUCCUAAAAAAAUGCUUUUAAAAUUGGUGACCAUUCCAAUCACAGUGACACAGAAAGCACAGCAUACAUGAAAAAGCACAGGGAGAAACAGAGCGUGGAGAAAAGUACAGGGCUGAGGGCUAACCUCACAACUCCAAAAAGCAUGCUGUAAAGGAUGUGGUCCUUUCUUAGGAGGACUAUUUACUGUAUUUUUAAUGUUUCACGCACUGAAGGACACAUAUAAAAAUCGUCUUUGUCUGUCCUCAGUUGCUUUUGGAGAAAUGACCGUUCUGAGAGCUGAUGACCCUCUGCUAAUCUGCAGUGGUCCCACAAGGUGCCUGGGGGGCAUUAGGCUGUCACAAGUUGUGCCAACAGAACUAGAGAAGGAGAGAGAUCUGUCUUGAGGCUGAAAAGAUCAAAAGGGAUCAAGAAGAGGGGUGCAGGCCUGGGCUUCCCUUGUUCCUGGGCUGGUCCCAGUCGAUCAGAUCUCCUCUGCACGUCCUGCAGGGCGGCAGAGUUAAGGGAAAGGAGCGUACCCCAGAAUUUCAGCUUCACUAAAACUUUGCAGGGAUUGUUACUGUCAACAGCACUUAGUGAAUUCUAUAGCUGUUGGGGAAGAACCUCUUUCUUCUGACACUAGUGAAAGGAUACUAAAAGUGGGAGAAAAUAACACAUGCCCAGUGCCCUUCUCUUCUCAGCUUCCCAAGCGGCAGUACAGAAAUUGGUCAGGGACGGGGAUCCAGCUGAAGAGUGCAGUUAAAGUAGAAAUCGGGGGAAAGCUACUGGAAUUACAAUUGCGAGCAUGAGGUGAGUACAUACAGGGAAACAACAGGCAGAUUAGAUACCCAGACAGGACCGUGGAUCACUCCUGGCACCGUCUCAUCUUUCUUACACAGGUAGGCUAGCUGCGUGAGUUCCCUACGGCACAGCAAAAACCACCCAGAAAAUACCUUUUGGUUUUCAGUUAACAAUUACUGGCAGCUCAACCUAUUUGAAGAAUUAUUUUUAAUUCAAGGGAAGUUUCUUUUGAGGGGAUUAAAAUUUACUUAGUUGUACUGACUUACGAGUUGAGAAGUCUGAGUGCAGAACAAGCUGACAGGGCACUUUAGUUGAGGUAUGUUUUCAGCACCAGAUCUUUUCCUUAGAAGGAUGCACGCCUUCAACUGCCGUCGCUCUAGAAGUGUCAGGCUUCACUAAAUGAUAGGGACUAUGUUUAAACAGGAUCAUUCUUUACCUGAGGAUUUAUAUUUUCCUCAAUGCCUGAGCAUACCAGAUAAGCAAGCAGCAGGAUGUUAAAUUUUAUGAAGUCGGAAGUUUUCAUGUAGCAUAUUUAAUGAUCGUAAUCUCAUAUUCAAAAAUUAUAAAUAUUGUACUCUUGUGUAUAUGAUAAAUAUGUAAAAACCUAGCAUACAGGAAAAAACCCUCAAUACUUGACAAUCUUAUUAUCCUGAUAGGUGAAUUAAAUUUUCACGUUACUAUGUAUUAACUGUAGUUGUAAGCGGUGAUUCUAAAAUGCUUAACCACAAAAAUAGAUACCUAAUAGAGAUUAAAACCCUAACACAAAUCUGAACUUCAACAAUUUAACUCAAAAUUGCCUUUAUUUCAAGAUACCAGGACACAUUUACAGAAUAGCAGUUUUUGUCUAUUACCUGUAUAUAUGUAUGCAACCACCUUCUCCAAGGCUUUAGAUGGGAACUGUUUUCUGCCAUGUAUCUCAGACCUAAAGAGAUCUGAAGCAAGUUUGGAAAUAAACUCAUGGCUGUGAAUUCCCUAUUCCAUACUCUACCCAUUAGACUACCCCAGUAGUUAUUAAUUACUGAAGUAAUGAAAAUCCUGAAUUUAAAGCGAGUUUAAUAUUCCAAUUCCAAAACACAAGGCUGUGUACAACUCUUAGAAUAACUCAUGAAAAUAAAGAGCUUUUAUAAUAUUUAGUGGUCAUCAGUUUUGUUUUGUUUUUUUUAAAGAAUAACAGCAUCUUAAAAUGAUGAUGUCUAGUUUUGCCACCUUUUCUUUGAAGCCUCCCAAAGACCAUCUGCUAAGACUAUCAUUCCCUGUACUCAUACAUGUUUAAAGAGGAUACGCUUACCUGCUUACUCAUAACUGUUUGGUAUUCUUUCACCUUACUUACAAAUAGUUUAUGAACUCUGAGUUUAAAACUGAAAUUUUUGGGGGGCAUAGGCUCUUUUAUUAUUUUUGAGGGCUCUUUAACAACCAUCUAGAUUGUUAACUAAAGUAGGGCUAGUUGCCAUCUGGAAAUCAUCCUUAAUCUAAUCACCUUCGAAAAAUCUAUAAGCCAUCAUUACUUUCCCUUUAUCAGACUUAUGAGGUAGAUGCAUUUAUUUUUCCUUUUUAGUGAUGAGUCAUGACUCAUCAAAAAAUUAUUUUACCCAACUCCACAAACUACGUAACACCGGAAAGAAAAAAAAAGACCAAAAUUCUUUUAUGCCUGGUCUUAGUCAAAUCAAAUUUUGCCCUCUGACUUCCAAUUCUUCACAUGUCACAGUUAAGUAGUAUUACUUAUUUUACAGUAAUAACAUAAGAUCAAAAAUAGCAGCAUGCUCCGAGGUGUGCCGAAGAAAAGUGUGGCCUGUGAAAUCUAAGUGUUGUCAGAUACUUUCCUUGAAAAUUAAACAGAUGUAAGAUGCUAGAGAGUGCUGUACAUCACGUUUCAACCAACAUACCACAAAGUGCACUUUAAGACAAGCCCAGCCUGCUCCAUGCCAUCCUAACGUCCUCUCAUAACCAAACCCUGGAAGAGGGAAAACUACUUGUAACUAUUUUUCCUUUCAAAUCAGUUAGUGGAAGAGCAUUUUAACUCCUUGCACCAAACAACCUGGUAAAUGGACCCCUAAACUUCCUUACAUGACAGAUUAAGUUAUCAGGUAUCCCCCACAGUCAGCAGGGGACAUAUUAUUUAUUACUACACUUACAGUACCAAGGCUGCUGUGGACAUUCCAGAACCUUCUACAUAUGCCAUCUCUGGAAGACAAAGAUAACUAUAAUGUUCUCUUGCAUAACUGUACUUAACCUCUAGAAAACAUAGUAACAGGAUGGAAAUACUUUCUUUCAAUUCUAUUUCCAAAGGCUUUAAUUAUAGCCAAGCAAAGAAAAAUAGUUUCACAGACUGAGAAAGUAAAAUCCUGAUUAACUGGAAUCUGUAUAAAGCUGAUAUUCUCAUUUCCUUCUUUUUACUCACCUUACAUAAAAAGGGGGCAAAGAGAAGACAAGUAAGGUUAUGUCAAAGACUGAUUUAAAGCACAAACUCCCAGAGUUUAAGAUUAAUACACACCUUGCUAGCUUUUCAGUUACCUGAGAGGAAAUUCAAGAGAACAUGACUCCCUGUCCUAAGAACUAUGGCUACCUGGUCUCAUAACUGUGGGCUGUCAAGUUUCCAGGUUUUGUUUGGUACAAGUCUGUACUUUUGUGGACAUAUAUAAAUUAAAACUCAAUACCACAAGCUAUUUUUAUGUUAAUCUCUCCAUGCCUUACAUAUCCUUAAGUUUGUAGGAAAUAAAAUUUUGGCCUUUUACAAAGCCAGUGCUUUGCUUCUGUACUAAGAAUUCUGAAAAUGCUAUUAUCUAAUAUUGUGACUGCCAUGUUUUUAUCAACAGACAUUAUAAUUUAAAUGUCAGUGAUUUUUUUUCUCAAGUCUCUGACUCUAUAGAAGAAAAUACGAGUAUCAGGUGUUUUCUGUGACUACCAUUAAAAAAAAAAAAAAA